AUGGAGUCCCUUACCGAAGAUUUGCUAUUCGACAUCCUCAUUCGUCUCACCUCUCGUGAUAUCCAUAACUCGGCAAGGCUCGUCUGCCGCAAGUGGGCCCAUUUGACCCGCUCUCGCGACUUCAUACGCUUGCACCUCCAUCGUGCGGCCACUGGGCUCCUCUUGCAUAUUGUCCCUCACGAUUUGAUUUUUAUCUCCGGUAGUCAAGGCCGGGUGGAGACAUCCCGGGCCCUCUACAAAUCGGGCCCGCCUAUCUUGGGCAUCUCUCACGGCCUUGUUUUGGUGAAAGCACCUUUCAAUCCCUGUAGUCUCCGCAUCAUGAAUCCCGAGACCACCGAAACCCUCGACCUCCCUCCUCAUUUCGGACAUUGUACUCUUGGUUCUUGUUUGACGUAUGCGGCAGCCUCCAUGGCGUACAAAGUGGUGCAGGUGUGCAUUAAAUCCGUGAGAAACAUGAGAGCCUUCAAGUGCUCCAUACAUUAA